AUGGCCUUCAAACGUAUUUCUGCCGUGCUCUGCUUUGCACUCGCCUUGAGCGGUGUGUGUAACGCUGCUCCAAGAAGCCAAUUCACGAACUCCCUUGAGGAUUGGAUUGCUCGCCCAUACCGCCUUCAAGAGGACUCUACCGUUGCGAUGCCCCAGUACCGCCAUCCUCAAGGGGACACCACUGACGAUGGUAUCCAUGUGGACACCCAUGAGUUGGAAAUCACUGUAAUCCACCCUCAUCAGUUCAUGGAGAUGUAUGGUUGGAUUCCUCACAUGGACGAGGACUUUAGGGAGUUCGGAAUGUUGGAGGGUGACAAUUGCGUUGAGUUCAGCAUCAAGAUUAUCAAGUUCAAGGCUUGCAAGUUUGAGCGAGGUAUUACCUUGGAUGUGAGUGCCUUUGGUAUCAAAGCCAAUGCCAUUGAAUGUGCUGAUGUCCAUCAAGGGUGCUCCGUCAACCCCAUUGACAGCAUUGCUGGAAAAGUUGGUGUCAAUGGAAUCUGCCGCAAUGGAAAGGUUAACAUCUCGGCCAACUUGUGCAUUGGACCCAAGUUCUUCAGAAAGUGUGCCGACAUCCCCCACGUCAGCAUUGGAAUCUCUUGCUAG